AUGGGGACAGACCCCCCCAUACGUUCGGUGCCUGACGAGCUCCAGCACCCCUACUCCAAGUUCUCCGACUGGAAGUUCAAGCUCUUCCGCGUGAAGUCCAUGGAGAAGGCACCCCUGCCGGCCGAGGGGCCCCUCGGAGGGCUCCCGGCCCCCCAGGUCGCGCUCCCCCGCCCCCCAGGGAUGGAGGGGUUGGAGCCCGAGCUGGGACGGACCGGGAGCGUGAUGAGGCUCUGCCUGGGAGGGAAGACCAAGGAGGUGGUGGAAGGCCCGGGACACCGCGUCGACCUGAAGCUCCUGGAGAUCGACACCCACAUGAACCACCUCAGGAGUCUGUGUCGGCUCUGCGGCCUGGCGUUGGCGAAGGCGCAGGGGGGUCCGGAGCACGAGGUCCAGGGGGUCCUGGACGAGGCCAGCCGCUUGUCCCUGCGCAGGAUGGGCUGCAAGGCCUCCACCUGGCCGGAGGUCAUCCUGAAGGUGUUCAAGGUGGACGCGGCGGCGGACCUGGAGACGGUGCACCCGCCCUUCUUCUGCCACCGCUGCUGGAAGGCGGCCAUCCGCGGCGGCGGCUUCUGCUGCUUCUCCAGGACGCGGGUCCUGCAGUGGAGGCCCCACUCCGCCCAGUGCCCCCUCUGCCACCCCAAAAAGGCCUCCCUCAAGCGCAAGGGCCGGAAGCGCUGCCGGUCGCCCCGGGCCACCCCCCACCUGGCCAAGAGGGUGAAGACGGACCCCCACGACCGGGGCGCCGGGGCGGGGGCCGGUAGGCCUCGCCGGCCGGGGAGCGAGCAGCCCCCGGGGGGCCGGGCGUUGGUCAAGGCUGGCCUCCAGAGGGCGCUGUGGGUGAAGAACAUCACCCGCUGCAAGAGCGCCCACCUCAGCCCGGACCUGCUGCUGGAGCCUCUCCCCGCCGACUUCCUCCGCGCCGUUACCUGCCAGGUGUGCGAUCACCUGCUGGCCGACGCCGUGCAGUCCCCCUGCGGCCACCUCUUCUGCCGCACCUGCAUCCUGAAGUUCAGCCACGCCCUGGGGCCCCGCUGCCCCGCCUGCACCUUGCCCUGCCCCCCCUCCGAGCUCGCUCCCCCCGCCAAGGCCUUCCUGGCCGUCCUGCAGGGCCUGGUGCUCCGGUGCCCCAGGCCGGAGUGCGAGGAAGGGGUACGGAUGGACGUGUACGCCGGCCACUGCCUCGCCCACCGGAGGGAGGAGGACGAGGACGGCGACUUCGGCGGUCCGCCCAAGGGCCGGGGCCCCGACUACUACCUGCCCGUCAACAAGGGCGGUCGCCCCCGGCAGCACCUCCUGUCGCUGACGCGCCGGGCGCAGAAGCACCGGCUGAAGGAGCUGAAGGCCCACGUCAAGGCCUUCGCGGAGAAGGAGGAGGGCGGCGACGUGAAGUCCGUGUGCCUCACCCUGUUCCUGCUGGCCCUGCGCGCCGGGGGAGAGCACAGGCAGGCGGACGAGCUGGAGGCCAUGAUGCAAGGCCGGGGGUUCGGACUGCACCCCGCGGUGUGCCUGGCGAUUCGGGUCAACACCUUCCUGAGCUGCAGCCAGUACCACAAGAUGUACCGCACGGUCAAGGCCACCAGUGGGCGCCAGAUCUUCCAGCCCCUCCACGCGCUGCGCAGCGCGGAGAAGGAGCUCCUCCCGGGAUACCACCCCUUCGAGUGGCAGCCGGCCCUCAAGGGCGUGUCCAGCCUGACCGCGGUGGGCAUCAUCGACGGCCUGUCGGGCUGGUCGGCGUCCGUGGACGACUCGCCCUCCGACACCAUCGCCCGGCGCUUCCGCUACGACGUGGCCCUGGCGUCGGCCCUGCGCGACCUGGAGGAGGACAUCGUGGAGGGCCUGCGGGAGCGGGGCCUGGAGGACAGCGCCUGCACGCGCGGCUUCUCCGUGGUGGUGAAGGAGUCGUGCGACGGCAUGGGCGACGUCAGCGAGAAGCACGGCGGCGGGCCCGCGCUGCCCGAGAAGGCGGUGCGCUUCUCCUUCACGGUGAUGUCGGUGUCCGUGCGUCCCGAGGGCGCCGCGGAGGACGUGACGCUCUUCCAGGAGCCCAAGCCCAACUCGGAGCUGAGCUGCCGCCCCCUCUGCCUGAUGUUCGUGGACGAGGCCGACCACGAGACGCUGACCGCCAUCUUGGGCCCGGUGGUGGCCGAGCGCGACGCAAUGAAGGAGAGCCGGCUCAUCCUGCCCGUGGGCGGGCUGCCGCGCUCCUUCCGCUUCCACUUCCGCGGCACGGGCUACGACGAGAAGAUGGUGCGUGAGGUGGAGGGCCUGGAGGCGUCGGGCUCCACCUACAUCUGCACGCUGUGCGACGCCACGCGGGCGGAGGCCUCCCGGAACAUGGUGCUGCACGCCGUCACGCGCAGCCACCGGGAGAACGGCGAGCGCUACGAGCUGUGGCGCUCCAACCCCUACGGCGAGUCGGCGGACGAGCUGCGCGACCGCGUCAAGGGCGUCUCCGCCAAGCCCUUCCUGGAGACGCAGCCCACCAUGGACGCGCUGCACUGCGACAUCGGCAACGCCGCCGAGUUCUACAAGCUGUUCCAGGACGAGAUCGGCGAGGUGCACGGGCGGCCGGCCGGCGCCCCGCCGGGCCGGGAGGAGCGCCGGAGCUGGAGGGCCGUGCUGGACAAGCAGCUCCGGCAGAGGAUGAAGCUGAAGCCCGUCAUGCGCAUGAACGGGAACUACGCGCGCCGGCUGAUGACGCGCGAGGCGGCGGAGGCCGUGUGCGAGCUGGUGCCGUCGGAGGAGCGCCGCGGCGCCCUGCGGGAGCUGAUGGAGCUCUACCUGCAGAUGAAGCCGGUGUGGCGCUCCACCUGCCCCGCCCGCGAGUGCCCCGACCAGCUGUGCCGCUACGCCUUCAACUCGCAGCGCUUCGCCGACCUGCUGUCCACCACCUUCAGGCACCGCUACGACGGCAAGAUCACCAACUACCUGCACAAGACGCUGGCGCACGUGCCCGAGAUCGUCGAGCGGGACGGCUCCAUCGGCGCCUGGGCCAGCGAGGGGAACGAGUCCGGGAACAAGCUGUUCCGGCGCUUCCGGAAGAUGAACGCCCGCCAGUCCAAGAGCUUCGAGCUGGAGGACAUCCUCAAGCACCACUGGCUCUACACCUCCAAGUACCUGCAGAAGUUCAUGGAGGCGCACAGGAACUCCGCCAAGGCCAUGCAGGCCACCAUCGACCCGGUGGAGAGCCUCGACGACGGCGACGUCGAGCUGGAUCCCGCCGACACCUUGGACUUUUGA